CAACAAUGACUAGUAAAGUUUCCUCCAACUAUGAUGUUUGCCUUUACUUUUUGGCUAUAAUUUUGCCUCCACUUUCCGUCUUGUUCAAGCGAGGUUGUGCAGCUGAUUUUUGGAUCAACAUCUGCCUAAGUAUCUUGGGAUGGAUUCCAGGAAUUAUUCAUGCAUGGGAACUUUUGGCAUUGAAUAUCUCAAGCUCAGCAAUGAAACUUUUAACUUUUCUCGUCAUGAGAGAGACGAGGAGAGACGCAAAAGAAGCCGAGGUUCGAUUGGGUUGGGUGGGAAGCCCUGCUGAACUCCCUUCCUUGGCUCCCUCGUCACCAUCUGCAAAGCGGAGCUCCGAGUCGAAGGUUGAAAAAAAAGAACCAAAGGCGCAUACGAACUCAGUCGUGUACACGUCUUUUCACCUCAAAGAGUCAGGAGAUUGGCAUUUUAGGGGAUUCGGAAUGCGCAAGGAUUACGAAAAGCAUAUCGUAUGGCACUCAGCGCUCAGAAUCACAGAACUAAGAUUCUUGAAUGUUGCUUGCUGUCAAUGUUUACGAGUAAAUGUAACGAAUUUCAGCGGCAUAAUGGAUGUGAAGUCAUGGGACUUGCUUUUUACACCCGGAGCCUUAAACCUCACGUAUAAUACGCAGUAA